AUGAAAAGUUUUUUGGACAUCACAGCGCAUUUCGGAAUAGACAUAGAACUAUACUCAAUCACUUUAGGCGUGUACGAAUCGGAUGAAAGACAUACAUCAGAUUAUCUUUCUGAAAUUCUCUUAAAGGAGGUAUGCCAAGACUGGAAAAUAGACCAAGAGAAUGUAACGGCUGUUGUUACUGACAGCGCAGCCAAUAUAGUAAAGGCGAUCGAAUUAGCGUUCGGGAGAAGAAAACAUAUCACAUGUUUUGCCCAUACUUUGAAUUUGGCGGCUGAAGGCACAAUGAUGUGUACUGAGUGGAGAAACAUUGUUUCUAAAGUAAAAACAAUAGUGACUUGGUUUAAACAGAGUUGCGUUGCUAGUGACGAGUUACGUAAAGCCACUGUUGCGGCUAUGGAGUCUCCUGCUGGGGUAAAAUUAAUACAAAGCGUGGAUACUCGUUGGAACAGUACAUAUUAUAUUAAACAAACUGAUAUUCGGAAACAAAAACCGAUCACGAAUAAACAUGUAAACUUUUUCAUUAUUACAAGUACAGGCAAAUUAUAUAACAAAGCAAAAAUAGGAGUUGAAUAUGCCAAAAAUAACGAUGAAAGGAACCCUGUUGAAACCAAUGAACUAGAAGAAACAAUUUAUUUGAGUCCUAGUACCGGAAAAUCCUGUCAAGUAUUACAAAAUGUUACCAUUCCCUGUUCUAGCGUCCCAACCACCCCAAGACAACAGAUAAGAAAAAACAAAAAUCUUUCCUCUUUUUGUUCACUUUCAAUGGACUUUCCUCAUUUGAAUUCUGAGAGCAGAACUAGUUCUUUAUCAGAAAUUUCAUGCUCCAAUUUACUAGAUUGCAAUUUAUCUCUUAAUGAGGAAAAUAUUAAGAAAUUACUACAUGAACAAACACCGGAACAAAAGAGAUCAAGUCAAAAUUUUAUAUCCGAAUGUGCAGUUUCUAAUGAAUCGAAUUUGUCCAAUUGUAAAGAAAAAAAAGCAAUAGAGGUUACUGUGAUUGUUGAGGAUGUUUCGAAGGAUAUUGAUCGAAAAAAACAAAACAGGGUUAAUAAAUUGUCAACUGUACUGAAAUUGCCUGAUUCCAUUGACUAUGAUAGAAUUGAACAUUUGAAUAGCGACAACGAGACAAUAAUUGAAAACAGAACUCGUGAUAAUUUACCGGAUAUUCUAAAAUCACCUGAUGCAAAUAAUUGUAAUAACAUCCAAAAUUUUAGUGACAGCGGGGAUGAUGAUAAUGAUUCAAGCGAGUCGGAAGAAUCUGAUAUUAUUUCAUUAGAGGGUUGCAUAGGAACAGAACAGGAAUUAUCUUCAGAUGAAAGUGAAAAUACAGAAAACGAUACUUUAGACGAAGAAGAGGCAUUACCCAGCCGCCAAAUUAACAAGAACGAUGAUGACGAGUGGAUAGACAUAUCAGAAAGUCCCUUAAAUUUUGAUGAAUUUGUUGGUGAAAAUACCUACAAUAUACUGUCGUUUGUAAAAUCAUCUGAAGAUGUAUAUAAAUUAUUUGUAACAGAAGAGAUGAUCAAUAAAAUGGUGUCUGAGACAAACAAUUAUGCACGAAACUAUUUACGAACAAACCAACUAAAUAUGAAACGUAAAUCACGUAUGAAACACUGGACUGAUACUAAUUUGCAGGAAAUGAAAACAUUUCUGGCAGUUGUGAUGGCAAUGGGUUUGUGUAAAGUUCCUCUUAUAAAUUUGUAUUGGAGCAAAAACAAUUUAUACAGAAACGAAUUUAUAAGUUCAGCAAUGACAAGAGACAGAUUUUUACUCUUAUUAAAAUGCUGGCAUGUCAGUGAUGUCUCAAAUGAUGAUAAAACUGACAAACUAUAUAAAAUCAGAGAUAUGCUUUCUAUGAUAACUGACAAUUUUCAGAACAUAUUAAACCCCGGCAAAUACGUAGUAAUUGAUGAGACAAUGAUACCCUGGAGAGGACGAUUAGGCUUCCGUCAAUAUAUAAAAAACAAAUCUCACCGAUAUGGUGUUAAGCUGUACAAGCUUUGCACCCCUGAAGGUUAUACCUACCAGAUAGAGAUUUACACAGGUAAAACAGAUCAGAAGAAAGAAGUUGAUCACAGUCAAAAAGUAGUAUUAAGAUUGAUGAACAAUUUAAUUGAACAGGGAAGAAUCGUGAUAGUAGAUAAUUUCUAUACUUCGGUGACUCUAGCAGAAAAACUCCUAUCACAAAAAACUUUUCCCUGGAUUGUGUAUAACUCAAUUAAUGAUGAUGCAAAUAAAUUGCCAAAAAGACAAUUUGUAGAACAACUUAUUGAAGCUUUUACAAAGAACGACUUGGAUGUCGAUACAGAACCCACUCCAAACAAUCCACAUCAUCUCGGAAAAAGAUCAAAGAAGAGGAGAUGUGUAGGAUGCUACGAAAAACUUCGCACCUUCUUAUCAAGUCGUGAGGCUGAUAAGAAAGCAAAGAAAAUUCUCACAGAAUGUAUCGGUUGCAAAAAAUAUUAUUGUUUGACCUGUUUCAAUAAAAACCAUCCAUAA